ACAAAGAAGACAUUACUUUCGAGUGUUUUUAUAAAUGUAUUGCAUCGUCUUCAGUUUCCUUUGUGUCAAAACUUUAUAGUAGAUACUCUGUUAACAGAAAUGCAGUUCAUAACAUUAUUCAAGACGUUACUUCGAUGAUUUGCGAACCUUUAAGUAUGUUAGAAAAUAAAGUAACCUCCAAUGUUGACAAUUUAGAAGUAAAAGAAGAAAUUAAAAAAAUGAUCAGUUGUUUUCAGAACAUGUUUAGUAAUUUACGUACAGAAUGGAAACGUUUUGAUUUUUUUAAGCGCAGUAGUGCAUUUAUCCCAGUAGAAAGUUUGCUUAUUGGAACAAGAGAAAACGAUAAGAGAAUAAAACAAAGAACCAUAUUAGAUAUAGUAGAGUCCCAUAUUCAGUAUGUUCCUAUAGAAAAAACGUUGCAAGCAUUUCUUCAAAUUCCGAAUGUUUUUCGAACAAUUUCAUGUUUUAUUUCUAAUCUUUCUAAUGUAGGUAGCAUUUGUAAUAUAAUGCAAAGUGCAUUAUGGGCCGACAUGAAACAUAAUGAGGAAAAUAAGUUAAUUUUGCCUAUAUUCAUUUAUUUUGAUGAAUUUGAAAUAAAUAAUCCAUUAGGAUCACAUGCUGGUAUUUACAAAAUUGGAGCCACCUAUUUUGUUUUGGGCUGUUUACCGCCGCAGUUUGCAUCACAACUAGAAAAUAUAUUCUUGCUUCAGUUGCAUUACUCCGAGGAUAGAAAAACUUUCGGAAAUUCUGUUAUCUUCGCUAAAAUUAUAGAGAGUUGUAGGCAAUUAGAAGAACAUGGAAUUAAUAUUUCAACAGAAAGCGGUGAUGUUCAUGUAUGGUUCUCGGUAGCAUUUGUAUUAGGAGAUAAUUUGGGUGUUAAUGCAAUAAUGGGUUUAACUGAAAGUUUUUCUGCAACUAACUUCUGUAGAUUUUGUUAUGCAACUAAACAUUUGACACAAACUCAGUUAAGAGAGGACGAAUCAUUGAUACGGACCAGAGAAAAAUAUACGUCUGAUGUUAAAACAUUAUCAAAUGGCAUUAAAGAAAAUUGUAUAUGGAACAGUUUGUCUAAUUUUCAUAUUACUUCUAACAUGACCUGUGAUGUUAUGCACGACAUCUAUGAAGGNAAAAAAUAA